GACCCUUAGAAGAGUCUCCUGAGAGAAUCCAGAGAAUCUAGUUUAUUCUUCUUCACUAAAGAGACACACAGUCAGAGAAACAUAUAAUUACAUUCACCUUCAGAUGACGCUAACAGCUUCCACCGAGACAGAACAACAGGGAACACUGGAACGCUACAGCUUCACACUACUGUGCGAACUUUACCGAAACCAAGGCUCAAAGUGAAAGCAUUUGUGCCUAAAAAACACUCAAGAGGAAGGAGCGAAGACUCAUUGUUUUAUGGAUCGUGUGUUCUUUCUUUUUUGCACGACUAAGAGAAAAUGGCUUCAAAUGCAGAGGAGGAACUUUCCUGUCCGAUCUGCCACGACAUCAUUAAGGAUCCUUCUGUCUUAUCGUGUAGCCACACUUGCUGUAAAGGCUGCCUGAAGAGCUGGUGGAAAGAGAAAAAAACACGAGAGUGUCCGGUGUGUAAGACAAUAUCCUCAAAGGUAAAACAACCUCGCCAAGUGUUGAGAAACCUAUGUGAGUCCUUCUUCCUGGACAAAGAUUUCUGCCUUCUGCACUCAGAGAAACUCAAACUAUUUUGUCUGGACCACCAGGAGCCAGUUUGUCUCAUCUGUCGAGACUCACAAACACACACCUAUCACAGAUUCAGACCCAUCGAUGAAGUUGCAAAGGAUUGCAGAGAGCAGCUCAAGCAUGCCCUGAUGCCCCUACAAGAGAAACUCAAGCUCUUUGAAGAUGUUAAAGGAAUGUGUGAGCAAACAGCCGAACAUAUUAAGUUCCAAGUUCGUAAUACAGAGAGCCAGAUCAAGGAGCAAUUUAGGAAGCUUCACCAGUUUCUACAAGACGAAGAGGAGGCAAGGCUGGCUGCACUGAAGGAGGAAAAGCAACAGAAGAGCCAGAUAAUGAAGGAGAAGCUUGAGAAUGUGGCGACAGACAUAGCAGGUCUUUUGGCCAUUUUCCGAGUCACGGACAAAGAGCUGAAAGCGAAAGACGUGCCAUUCCUGCAGAACUACAAGGCAGCAGUGGAAAGAGAGCAGCAGCGCAACCUCCCGGAUGAUCCACAGCUGGUCUCAGGAGCUCUCAUAGAUGUGGCCAAACACCUGGGUAACCUCGGGUUCCACAUCUGGAACAAAAUGAUAACAGUAGUCUCCUACACCCCUGUGAUUCUGGAUCCAAACACUGCUCAUCCCGAACUCAUCUUGUCAGAUGAUUUGACCAUUGUGACACGUGGAACCAACCAGAAUGUUCCUGAAAACCCAGAGAGGUUUGAUUACUGCAGAUCAGUCAUUGGGUCUUGGGGAUUUAACUCAGGGUAUCACAGAUGGGAUGUUGAUGUUGGAGAGAGUUCGGCCUGGGCGGUGGGUGUCGCUGAUGAGUCUGUCCAGAGGAAAGGUGAAAAGUGGGCUGGAUUAUGGAGAAUCAUGUUGUACGACGGAAAAUACACAGCACGCUCGCCGACUGACGCGCUGACAGACCUCCCAGUGAAGACACUGCAGAAGAUCAGAAUCUAUCUGGACUGGGAUGGUGGAACGCUUUCAUUUAUGGACCUAGACACUAACACAUACAUACACACUUUUACUCACACCUUCACUGAGAUGCAGUUUCCAUACAUUAACACUGUUGGUGAAGUGCCAGUGAAGAUACUCUCUGAGAACAUCUCUCUGACAGUAGAGGAUGAGUAGAAAAUAAUAUCAAUCUCAGGCAUCAUUGUAAAGUAAUACAUGUAUCAUAACAUUAAAACAGUUGGCUAGGGCUCAAACCUUUGCAGAAAAUGUGAUACUUCAGACAAUAAAUGAUGUUUUGCUAGAUGUUAUUUUUUUUUGUAAAGUAGGAGUCAAGCCCUCUACUUUUGAGGGUGUUUGUGACUACUAUGGCAGAAACCAUAUAUCUAAAUCAGAGAUAAGAAAAAAAUACAUCACCCUAUGUGUGUGUGUGUGUGUGUAUAUAUAUAUAUAUAUAUAUAUAUAUAUAUAUAUAUAUAUAAACAUAAAAUUAAUAAGUAUUUUAAUCACUGUCAUUAUUAAUCUAUAGAAAGGAUAACAGUAUACUACUAAUAGUAUUUAGAAACAGCACAAUUUUAACACCUUAAUGUACUUUUCCCUUGUACUUUUUAAAAUUCAUUUAUCAGAAAUACUUUCCAUCUCUGAUGUAGGUCACAUGUACUACUAUUACUAUUGUGAGUAAAAUGGUUUGAUUAUUUAGUUUGCCACUGGAUGCUGUAACAUUCAAUAAUCUGCCCUAUAUGUUAUGUAAUUACAAAAUCUGAUAAUUUUUGCUUGUGAAUUCUGGUAUAAUAAUCAUCUCUAUAAAAACAAUCAAGCCAUUGUGCUAAACUGUUUCACUGAAGAUAAUGUGAUACAUUUUUAUUUUGCAUCCAACUUUGGUGUGUUGUGUUUUUCCCAUACAUAUGGUUAGUAUGCUUAUAUAAAAUGUUUUCUUUUUCAGUUUACAUAAAUUAGUUUAAUGUUGGUGAUAUAAUUACAUAUUCUUCAAGAUGAAGAUGGUGAAAAGCUGUAGUGUUUUAUGACAUCUGUUAGGUGCAUAUGUUGAAACAUAGCAUCAGUUAUUAAACCGAUUUGAAUCAGUAAUUCCAUAGAAAAUGAUUCACCAUCUGCCCUUGUAAAUAUGCAAAAAACACUGAAUUAACACACAAAUCAAAUGAUCUUAUAGUCCUUCACAGCACUGGAGGAUGUUCCAGCAGCUAUCAUGCAGACUACAUGUGACAUGCUUUGCAUGAAUAGCUGAUGAAUGAUUGCGUGGCUACAACCUGUCUGUCUGCAUUCCUGUUCAUAUCCUCAAGUCCAAAGCCGACUAGCAGUAAGGAAGCUGCUUUUUUGUCACACUUAAUGUGUUCUUAAAGCCUAUGCAUUUGUUUUAUGUUACAGAUAAAGUUUGUUGAUUAGGUACAAUAUCUUGUUCAAAAUUGUUUAUUGGAGAUGUAGUGGAUCUAGCCACAGACACAUCUUUAUAGAAUCAAAAUUACAUUAAUUCAACUGGGGAGAUUGACUCUCCCCAGACAGCCCUAAGGUGGAAGUGUGACACAGCUCUGAACCGAUGUUAUCAUGACACAGGAAAGCCACGUUUCUCACAAAGUAACCUGCUUUCCAAACCAAGGGCAAUUUACGAUACCUCAUGACAAACUUCAUGAACAGUCCUCUACAUCAAAAGACCCUUGUUGAUAUUGUGCCAGGAAAUAUCAGCUCAUAAAACAACCGCCUUGCACUGUGGCCCACAGUGCAAGGCAGUCGUUUUAUGACCUUUUGAUUCUUUGUGGUCUGGCUGGUCGAACUUGUCUGCUUUACUGAUAAGACCUGAACAAGAGUGCUUUGAAGGCCCCUUCUGGAGAUGUGAGAGGCUAUAAAUUGAUCACAGAGUGCUUGAGAGUUGAUAUUACCUGGUACAAUAUCACCAAGAGAGCUGGUUUAGAGAGCUGGUCACAUAGAGAAAGGUGGAUUACCUAUGGAGUGAUAGCAUUGGGUCAUAGCUAUGUCACACUCAAAAGGAUUCUUAUUCAGGUCUUAUCAGUAAAGCAGACCAGGUCCACCAGCCAAACCACAAAAAAAAAAAAAAAAA